GUGUUCCGCCGGGUCCGCGCCGCGCGCCGAGCCCCACCGAGCCCCACCGAGCCCCGCCAAGCCGCUGCCGCCCGCCAGCCUCUCCACCUGUAAGAUGGUGAGUCUUCUCUGGCCCCUCCGGACAAAAAGCCCAAGCCCCUAAGCAGAGGGAGGGCCCAGAGGGCAGCACCUGGCCGUAAAAGCCUAGCCCUGGGACUGCCUGGCAGACAGCUCCAACCCAUGACCAGCUGCACACAUACGCCUUGACUUCCCACUCUGUGUGCCAUGGGACAAGCAGGGGCUGUGUGCCAGGCCCUCCAUCUCUCCCCCACCAGCCCUGGGAGGCAGGCACUCUUGGUCCCUUUCGGCAUUCAUUCAUUCUGCAAUAUUUAUAUUACCGUGCGCCUUGCCGUAGUCUAAGUUUGAGGACAUAGCAGUGAACCCAGUCUGGGCUCUCAGGGAACUCAACUUCUAAGAGAGGGCACUGAAGCUCAGAAUUUGGCACUGGCCAAACUGGGGUUCAAGUCCAAGUCAGAGGCCCAGACCUCUGCUCUCCCGGCCGCCUGCAGUAUGCUGUCUCCCAAUGACUGAGGUGAUUCCCUAGGUCCAAGCCUCAUCAGCACCAUGGGGGCGGACAUAACAGGCCCCAGGCACCCACAAGGCUCAAAGAAACCUCGUGACUUGUCCAAGGAGGCCAAGCCUGUCCCCUGGAGGACAGGCCCACCCGUGUCCCCGCCUGUGUUCACACUGAGCCUCUGUGCAGCCUCAUUUGGGAGUCAGCCAGCCUCAGAAAGGGGCAGGGUAUAAGAUUUCAUCCAAAGAAAGCAUUUUCAUGACUCAGAACAUCCUCGGGCCUGCUUGGGGAUGAUGAUGGAACAGAUUCACCUACAUAUUUAGGUCUCAGCAGAACUCCAUGAUGGUAGAUGGGUCACUGAGGCCAGAGAGAAGUGAGCAGCCCAACUGAUUGCUUGGUUCAUUUGCUUAUUUAUUCUUCAGUCAUCAAACACUGAGUAGCUACGGUGUGCCAGGCACUGUUUUAGGUGCUGGGGCUGCCUCAAUAAGCAAAACAGACAAAACCUCUGCCCCUGUGAACCAAGCUGGGAUGGACCUGGGUGUGGGAUGUGGGGGGUGCAAUGGUCCAGCCAGCAGUGCACUGCUUUCUGCCCCCACCCCCGGGGGCACCACACAUACCGUUUACAAAGCACUUCCAUCUACAUGUCCCUGGUGUCCAGCCUUCAUCCUCCAAUCCAGCCCCAUCCUCUUUGGUUCCGAGGACAGUGUCCACCCAAGGACAGGACAGUAGGGGGCUUAUACCCUUGGGUGACUUAAUGUGCCUCUUGCUCACCCUGCCCAAGACCCACCACUUCUGCCCCCCUCAGCUCUCCCUGGACCCACUGGGUCCCGAGUGGGAUUGCCCCCUGGGCUCCAAGGACCUGGAGGAGGAGGAGGGCCCAUGGGGCGGGGGCUCUGGCCUGCCACCCCCAGGCUUCUUCCCUGGUUCCUGGAGCCAUGAAGUGGGCCUGGACUGCAAGGGCUCCCCUGAGGGAGCAGAGGCCCGGGCCUGGACUGUCUACUACUACAGCCUCCUGCAGAGCUGUCUGCAGCAAGCUGGCCUUCCGGAGACUCAGGACCGCAGCCAGGUGCCCCGCACAGGCUGCCCUGGGGCGGAGGUGACCUUGUGCAUUCUGGGAUCCCCCUGCACCUUUCUGUCCGUGCUGCUGGAGGGUGGGGUCCAGAGCCCGGGAAACAUGCUCCUUUGCCUGUCCCCUGCUUGGCUGACAAAGGUGCCAGCACCAGGGCAGCCCGGUGAGGCAGCCCUGCUGGUCUCCAAGGCUGUGAGCUUCCACCCGGGGGGCCUGACAUUCCUGGAUGACUUUGUCCCCCCGCGCCGGGCCACCUACUUCCUGGCGGGCCUGGGGCUGGGGCCUGGCCCUGGUCGAGAGGCAGCUGAGCUCGCCCGCGACCUGACCUGCCCCACAGGAGCCUCGGCUGAGCUGGCCCGGCUGCUGGAGGACCGGCUGCUGACAAGGCGAUUGCUGGCUCAGCAGGGUGACGUGGCCGUGCCAGCUACCCUGGCUUUCACCUACAAGCCACCAGCACUGCUGCGGGGAGGGGAUGCCAGCCCGGGACUACGGCUGGUGGAGCUGAAUGGCAAAGAGGGCCAGGAGACACUGGUGAAGGAGGAAGUAGGGGCCUUCCUGCACUCCGAGGCCCUGGGUGAUGCCCUGCAGGUAGCCGUGAAGCUCAGUGGCUGGCGCUGGCGGGGACGGCAGGCUUUGCGUCUGUACCCACGAACAGAGCUGGACCCAGUGGUGGACACAGUGCUGGCACUGCUGGAGAAACUGGAGGAGGAGGAGAGUGUCCUGGUUGAGGCUGUGUGCCCACCUGCCCGACUCCCUUUCCCAGGUAGUCCCCCACCUGGCCCUGAGCUGGCUCUGCGUAUCUGUGCUGUGGUGUGUCGGACACAGGGUGACAGGCCCUUGCUGAGCAAGGUGGUAUGCGGAGUGGGCCGUGGGGACCGGCCUCUGCGGCACCAGAACUCCUUGCCACGUACGCUGGAAGUGGCGCUAGCCCAGUGCGGCCUGGGUGAGGCCUCGCAGGUGACGGAUGUGCGGCGGCGCGUGAAGGCGGCGGCCGAGGCUGCGCUAGCCGCCGUGCUGGCCCUGGAGGCUGGCCUGAGCGCUGAGCAGCGCGGCGGGCGCCAAGCCCGCACUGACUUCCUCGGGGUGGACUUUGUCCUGACGGUGGCUGGCCGCGCGCUGACCCCCGUGGCCCUGGAGCUGAACGGAGGCCUAUGUCUGGAGGCGUGCGGCGCGCUCGAAGGGCUGUGGGCCGCACCGCGCCCGGGGCUGGUGGCCGAGGAGGCGGCGGCCGCGCCGCUGGUGGAGACGAUGCUGAGGCGCUCGGCGCGCUACCUCAUGGAGGGAAAACAGCUGCUGCUGCUCGGCGCCGGCGGCGUUAGCAAGAAGUUCGUGUGGGAGGCGGCGCGCGACUACGGGCUCAAGCUGCACCUGGUGGAGUCGGACCCCAACCACUUUGCGUCCCAGCUGGUGCAGACCUUCAUCCACUUCGAUGUAACAGAGCACCAGAGGGAUGAGGAGAAUGCACGGUUGUUGGCGGAGCUGGUGCGGGCACGUGGCCUGCAGCUAGAUGGCUGCUUUUCCUACUGGGAUGACUGCCUGGUGCUCACAGCCUUGCUCUGCCAGGAGCUGGGUCUGCCCUGCAGCCCGCCGGCCGCCAUGCGCCUGGCCAAGCAGAAGAGCCGCACCCAGCUGCACCUGCUGUGCCGCCAUGGCCCACCCUGGCCCGCGCCCUCCCUCUAUGCUGUGCCCUGCUGUCCACUGGAGAGUGAGGCUGACGUGGACAAGGCUGUCCGCCAGGUACCCCUGCCAGGUGUCAUGAAGUUGGAGUUUGGGGCAGGCGCUGUAGGUGUACGGCUAGUGGAGGAUGCGCCACAGUGCCACGAGCACUUUUCCCGGAUCGCCCGUGACCUGCAGGGCGAGGCCGACCAUCCCGGCAUUGGGCUGGGCUGGGGCAAUGCCAUGCUGCUAAUGGAGUUCAUUGAGGGCACUGAACACGAUGUGGAUCUGGUGUUGUUUGGUGGGCGACUGCUGGCUGCCUUCGUGUCUGACAAUGGCCCCACACGGCUGCCUGGCUUCACUGAGACGGCCGCGUGUAUGCCCACUGGGCUGGCACCAGAGCAGGAGGCGCAGCUGGUGCAGGCAGCUUUCCGCUGUUGCCUGGGCUGCGGGCUGCUGGAUGGCGUCUUCAAUGUGGAGCUCAAGCUGACUGGGGCUGGGCCGCGGCUCAUCGAGAUCAACCCCCGCAUGGGCGGCUUCUACCUACGAGACUGGAUCCUGGAGCUUUAUGGUGUGGACCUCCUGCUGGCUGCUGCUAUGGUGGCCUGUGGCCUGCGGCCCGCCUUGCCUGCCCACCCACGCGCCCGUGGUCACCUGGUGGGCGUCAUGUGCCUGGUGUCCCAGCACCUGCAGGUCCUGAGUUCCACCACCAGCCGCGAGACCCUGCAGGCUCUUCACGACCAGGGCCUGCUGCGCCUCAAUCUACUGGAGGAGGCCCUGGUGCCUGGCGAAUAUGAGGAACCCUACUGCAGUGUGGCUUGUGCUGGGCCCAGCCCGGCCGAGGCCCGUCUCCGCCUGCUGGGCCUCUGCCAGGGCCUCGGCAUUGAUGGGCCCCACUACCCCAUUGCCUACUUCCUGUCCCACUUCAAAUAGUGCUGGGGCCGGAGGGCAGGGGCAAAGUGCUGGAAGGGGCACUGCAGUGCCCUCUGCUCCCUGGUGCUCUCCCAGCGUCUCUUGCCAAAGCCCUGCCCCAACCCUGGUCAGGUCCACUCCAAGGCCCCAGGUCUCUUCCAGAGUGGCAGGGCCAUUUUGACACCAAGGUCUCCUGGGCUUGAGGAGCACAGAAGAACGUAUCUGGGAGGCUGUUAGGCCUUCUUGCCCUCCCCAAAGCCCCAGUCCAGCCCACAGCUGUCCCAGGACUCUACCCAUGGAGAAGCAACAACAGCUGCACAUACACACACCCUGCCCCCAGGUUGCUGGGAGUGGGCCUAAACCCAGUCCAUCUUCCCCACCCCUCCAGGUCUGUCUCUCUUCCUGCUGUCUGCAGGAGAGAACCUGGCUGGCCGCUGGCCUUGAACACAUCCCAAGAACCCUUUGUUCUCCUCAUGCCCUCAUUUAACAAAUUUUAGGACAGGCCUAGAAUGCCUGGUGACAACUUCUGACAAUGCCCCACCUGCCUCAUUUGGCAUGAGCAGUAGAAGCAGGUGACUGGGGUCAGCAGUAACCAUCUCCCCUCCAGGCAGACACUAUUGCCCCAUUCUACAAAAAAAGAAACAGGCUCAGAGAGGAAAAACCACUGCCUCCAUGUCAUAGCACAGUGGUUGAAGGGUCAGGGGACAAGAUGCAAGGUCCAGGUUUCUGCUUUUACUAACUUGUACGUGCCCACUCAGCUUCUAGGCCCAACUCACCUCCUUGCCCUCACACGUGGCCCUGAGAUGUGUGAACCUCCCCCCUCCCCCCAAUGCACCAUGCACCUUCACCAAGCUUUGGUGCUUGGCCUCAGGCACACCUAACUAGCACAGGCUACACUUCCUCAUUCAGGGGAGGCUGCUUUAAGAACUCUUGCCUCUGUGCAGCACAGGAGCUGUGGACAGCGCCACAAGCAUCCCUCUCCAAAUAAAGGCUUGUGGACUAGUGAACUGUCCAGAGUCUGGGAUAGGUUCUUGCGACUCGGACAGCACUUCUCAGGGUCAGCUAGAGGAGGGGAUGAGGAAGGGGGAGGGAAAGGUAGUUAGGGGAUACCUGUAGCCUCUGGAGCUAAGGAUAAACCGCCACACUGGCCAGGC